CAUAAAAAGAGGAUUUUAGACAUGUAAUCGAACUUUUAAUGAUAUUAUUUAUGGAAGGAUAUUCGUUCGUGAAGUUUCUCUGAAAUAAACGGUCGCUUCAGUGUUUCGCGCGCGCGUGUGUUUUGAAGCGUUAUUUCAGUUGUUUGUUUACUAAAACUGAAACACACCUCUGUAGAAUCCGGUGACACUAUAUGUCCCGUUUACCUGUCCCUGUAACCUCACCUGUCAUUAUUCCUGCUGGUUUAAGGGGUCUUUAUAAAUCAGACGGGUUUUAUGCUCGUGUUUAAUUCGAGAAGCUGGUUAUCAGGCGCUCAGGAUGAACUGGGACCAUCAAUUGAGCUCCAUCAUCUCCGAGGCGGACGGAAGUGUCGCAAAGAUGAGGGAACGCCUAACUACAUAUGGAAGAUCUCCUAGAGGAACUGAAGAUGUGUUUCCGGUCAGAGAGGUCACAGCCGGUGUUGAUCUGAAGCCCUCGUCCUCUCUCAGUCCUGCGGUUCAGUGGUCAGAUCUGACCGCUAUCCAGACACAACUACAGCAGCAGAGUCAGGCCAUUGAGACUUUAACCCAGAGUCUUCGAUUAUUGGAAAGAGAACGAAACGCUCAGCACAGACAAAUACAAACAUUACAAGAGGAGCAGAAGAGACUUCAGGAUAAACUGGAGGAGAGAGAGCGGGAUGUGGAGCGGAGAGCAUUGAGCCCUGGACCGGAUCGACGGACAGAGCAGUGGAAGAGAGAGAUGGAUCGAGAGCUGAGCAGCCUGAGGGCUCAGAUCAACCGAGCCACGACUCUAGGAAACCAGGAAGAAAGUUUCAGCUCUAAACUCCGCAGAGAAGAACUGGAGCAGCUCAGGAGAGAGGUGGACAUUCUCAAAAACAAACUGAUGCGACAGGAGGAAGAUACGUUCCAGCUCCAGUCAGAGGCCAGAGAAACAAGGAGACAGUAUGAACGUAGCUCUAAGACGUUAGAGAGUUUCACAGAUUCACAGCGCACGCACAGUUUUGAACUAGCUCGGAUGGUGUCACAAUACCAGCACACUCAACAGGAAGUACGUGACCUCAGAGUCACGGUCUCUGAGCUGAAGGACGAGGUGAGAGGUCUGGUCCUGAGAGACUCUCUCCUCCCCACACCUGCACCGGUACCACAGAAACCAGUGGUAACCGUGAAGACGAGGGCCGAGAGACGUGUGUCGUCAGUGUCGGAGGAUGAUUUCAGUCCCACUCCCAGUCUGGCCGAGAUCAGCUCAGACGAGUUGGAUGCAUCCUGGCUGGAAGAACCAGAGCUACAAACCAGGAGGAGGCGCCAACGGGUCCGUCUAAAUUCAGACCUGUCAGGAAGUGACAUCAGCGAUGCUGGAAGUGGGCUUGAGAGUAACCUUGACAAUGAUGCUGAAGGGGUGGACAGAGUUUCAGACAGUCCUCCAGAUCUCAGUCUCAGUGACCUCUGAUCUUAAAGGCCAAUAAACCAUCGUGCUGCUAUUAGAGGAAAUGGAAACCUUGUUCUUAAGUGUUGACUAGAUAACGGACCGUUUACUUCUGACAUGAAGGACUGGACUGGGCUAUUUCUAAUAUAAUUGAUCUAUGUUGAGGUAAAAUCAAGUCCAUGGUGCUCACUGAGUUUCUGUAGUAAGACUGACACACAUUAGACACAGAUAGUCUUUUUAAAGGCUUUGUAAGUAUUGCAU